AAGCCACAAGCCACAUUAAAAAAUUUACAGCAAAUGAGCAAAACAUAUUUUCCCUUCUUCCCAAACUAAAAUUGUGUGCUCUCGCCUCUCCGCAUUUCCAUCCUAACCCUCUUUUGUUUCUUCAGCUGCGUGGCGUAAAAAUUAAUCAUCCAUCAACAAGACUUACUGAUUAGGCUGUAGAUAUGCAAUCCAACGUCGUUUCAGGCGACAUAUGUGAGGACAAUGUGGUUAGUUCUGAAUUAAAUAAUGGUGUUGAUGUACCAGUGAGUGGAACCCUAGUUCAGGAGGACGAUUUGGGGAAAGAAACGGUUUUUGAGGGUAUGGAGGUUGAAUGUGUUGAGGAGGGAGAUUCUAGGGUGGUUUCGGAGCAUUCGAGGGCGGUUUCGGAGCGUUCGAGUCAUGGAAGAGAGACUGACAGUUUGGAAGGUGAAGUGGUUGCUGUGAAUGAUGAGGUGGAUAAUGUAGAGGAGAGUCUUAAUGAUGGUUGUGUUGGAAAAGAAGGAAAAGAUUUAGUAGGUGUUGAGGGUGCAAUUAAUCAGGGUUGCCGUUUUAAGGCCGAAGAUCUUGAUUCUUCUGUGCAGGAGUUGAUUUCGAAUCCUGUAAAUGAAGACAGAUGUGAUGAAGAAAUGGAAGCAGAGAAAACUGUACAUAGUAGUCAGAAUGAGGUCGAAGAUCUUGAUUCUUCUGUGCAGGAGUUGAUUUCGAAUCCUGUAAAUGAAGACAGAUGUGAUGAAGAGAUGGAAGCAGAGAAAACUGUACAUAGUAGUCAGAACGAGGUUGACAAUCAGUCAGUUGAGCUCAAAACAAAGGAUUCAACGACUGAGAAAGAGGAUUCUGGGGUUCAUGUCAAUGAAGAAGGAUUUUCAGAUGUUAAGGAAGUGAGUGUUGUUGAUAUGGAUAAUUGUGUUAGAAAUGAUAAGAGCAAAAAUAAAGGUGGAUUUUGUGCAUCUGAUUUAGUUUGGGGAAAAGUGAAGAGCCAUCCUUGGUGGCCAGCUCAAAUAUUUGAAGCUGGGGAUGCAUCCGAUAAGGCUAGGAAACAUUCCAAGUCUAAGGGUUAUUUAGUGGGUUACUUUUGGGAUCAAACUUUUGCUUGGAAUGACGAAGCUAAGUUGAAGCCAUUUGCCCCAAAUUUCUCCCAGAUGGUGAAACAGACUCAGAUGGAAGCUUUUCGACAUGCUGUGGCUUGUAUUUUGGAUGAGACCUCUAGGCGGGUGGAGUUUGGACUCUCUUGUCGCUGUAUUCCUGAUGAUAUUUACAACCAAUUAAAGGUUCAGGUUGUCGAGAAUGCUGGUAUCCGUGAAGAAUCAAGAAUUCGAGAAGGUGGGGAUAGAUAUUUCACUGCAUCAUCUUUUGAACCGGUGAAGUUUCUUGAUUAUGUAAAAGAUUUGGCACAAGGGCCAUCUGCUGAUGUUGAUCGCUUAGAACACAUGAUAACUCGAGCUCAAAUGGCAGCCUUCUAUAGGUGGAAGGGUAUCUAUCAUCUAGCUGAAUUUGGUUUGCUGAUAGGGUAUGUGAAUAAUGAGGCUGAUGCUCCUGUCACUUUCGUGAAAGAGAAGUGUGAAGUGAUUGCUGAUGGUACUCCUCCACCAAGCACCAUGGAAGAAGAUGAUAUUAGGCCCAAGAAAAGGAAGAAAACAUCUAGUGGUGGUGGUGAUUCUAUCAAAAAAGUCAAGUGCCUGUCUGACUUGAUCCAGAAGAAAGGCGUACACAAGAAAUAUGACAAGGAAACUAAAGGAAAAGCAGGGAGUAAGUUCAUUUCAUCUUCUGCGGGGAGGAGAAAGGAGGCUAAAUCAUUUCCAAAUGACUCAACAACUAAAGAAUACAGCCCCUCAGGAGUCGGAGAUAUAAAGCCGUUAUUUAGCGUUGGAGAAAGCAUUCUAAGAGUUGCAGGUCAGCUGAGCCAGCCGUCGCCUUUACUAAAACUUGAUCUAUCAUCUCAUGAGAAAACCAUCAAUGAUGAAGGUAACAACAAGCAUUGCAGUUCUGAGUAUGCUUCUCUUGAUGUUAUUGUUUCAGAGCUACAAUUGGCUGCUAUUGAACCUCUCAAAGAACUCAGUUUGUUGAGUAAUAUGGUAACUUUCAUUUCCGAUUUUAGAAAUUCAAUUGUCCCUGAUAAUGAGCUCUUGCAGAAGCAUGAAGAGUCUGGGGAGGAAGACACAGAUGGCAAGUCUAAGGAAGGGCCUUCCAGAUCAGAUUCCGCUGAAAUGAUUGAAGACGGGUGUUUCUCUGGGAGCAAAUCGAAAGCAAAGGCAUCUGAGUCUACAUCGUCUACCUUUGCUGUACAAGAUACUUUUUGCAUGAACAAAACUGUCAGAGUCCUCGAGCAACAAUCUUCUUUGAGCGAUGUCGAGAUGGCUGUAGUGGAAUCGGAGCCUCCAGAUGUAGAUGGAAUUUCUGCUAUUACACAGGAGAUAAACUCUACAGUUUCAUCUCCUCAGAAGCAGAAUGGAUCUGAGUAUGGUGCAUCAGAAGGGGGUCAAUCUGAUGAGAAGAUACAGCAGGAAGAUUCACCGACAGCUAUAACUCUGAAAUUCUCUGAUGUGGAUUCAAUUCCUACAGAAGGCAAGUUAAAUAAUAUAUUUGGCCACUUUGGUCCUUUGAAGGAAUCAGAGACCGAAGUAUUGGCCAAAAAAAUCUGUGCUAGGGUAGUGUUCAAGAGACGUUCAGAUGCUGAAACAGCCUUCAGUAGUUCAGGAAAGUUUGAAAUAUUCGGACCUUCACUUGUUUGUUAUAGGCUUAACUACACACCAUCUCCACGCAAAUCUCCAUCUGUUGAAGCUAAGCGUAGAAAGAAAUAUAAAACAUGUUGAAGGAAAAUACAGCUGGAUGCUUCAUUUAUAGUGACAGUGUUGUGAACUUGUAAUUAGGUAUUCUACACAGUACCAGAUCUGUCAUAUCUUUAAGGUCGCUCCAUCAGUCACAAAGUUAAGGUACAGCUAGGUAGAAGUUAUUACUAUUUAAGGACUUUAUAUCUAUGACUUUGAGUUAAAUCUGUGUUCUCGAAUCGCUUAGUCUGAUAGAAUGUUAAGCUUUCCCGUUUCAAGGUGCAUAACACAAGAGUACUGGUGGUCGGUGGGUGGUGCAUGUCUAUUGAAUCUUCAGUCAAACAUGAUCUUUCUUAUAGUUUUAUCUAACCCAUUGAAGUUACCGAUUGUGAAGAGCAUUAGAAAUUACUUUUCAAUGUAUAUGUUAACUAA